UACAGACCACUACACUAUGUAGGCGCGUGUUGCACUGUGUGCUCCAGUGCUAAGUGUCGUCGGAGACUUAACACAGCCACUUGCAUCAUGAUGACGCAAACCAGAACGACCCUUCCACUCGCAGCUCGCAGCGUACCAGCAUCUUUCUACACAGGACUGUGAAGUUCAACAUAUCUCUCGACAUCUUCCCAACAAUAUUGCCAUUGGAACUUUGCGGUCUGCGCAUCGCAACAAGCCGAGACCAUAUCCUCUGAGGUCCACCUUCGACGCUCAGCUGCAAGGACUCGGAUACAUUGGCAAGCGUCGCCAUCAACGCAAACGAGCGGGCCGCCGGAUGCAUGUACAAUGGGUAUCACUCCAGCCGCCUGGCCCUGUGCGUCAGCGCUGCUGACCAAAGCGAAAGAGAAGAGAGAGAAGGCGACGUACCAUGAACUCCAUAACAUUGAUCCUGAAGUGUUCAUCCAGCACGACCCAGCCAAGCGAGCACCUGCGAGUACGGUGCGUUCAGCACGAAUUGCACAUGGUUCUGUCCAGAAUAGGCAUCUGCCGAUCAUGACCGGCUGCACGCCCCGCGCAGCGUACUCCGGGCGGUUCUGCAGCAGUGAAUGCAAUGCGCGGAGCUGCAUCGGAAUCACGCGCUCCCUCCCCGCGAGCGGCAGCCGCGCCAUCUCGCGCGUGUCGCAUGAGGGGUACACGACGCGCGUGCGUACGGUCGCGGCGGGCCCGAACGGGGGUACGCGAGCACGAUGUCGACGUGCCGAUUCGUCCAGCCCGAGUUGACCAGCACGGCACUCACGCGGCGCAGCGUGAGCGCGUAAAGCAGCAUGAACGCGUGAUAGUACGCGCGCUUUGAAGAAUCCGAGUGAACGUGUAUUGAACACGAACAACGACCUCGUCGCCCUCUGAAGCGUCGACUUCCUGUUGAAGAUCGCUCCAACCAAUCUUGAUUCUCACUGGGUUUUCGGUGCGCCAUGGGACUACAGGGACAGUUGAGCUCUGAUAGGCUGAAAAAAUACAGAGAAUGACGAGCUUUUCCGUAACUUCGAUGUCCAACUCCGCUAAUUCCUCGCCAACAAGUUUCCUGAGAUGUACAUGAGUGCGGAACUGUCUUUCAAGGUCGAGAAAUCCAUUAUCUGGUCGACACAGUUGAUGCGGACAUAUUUUACGCUCUCUGAAUGCGGUACAACAUAUAUGUCAUUGAUCCGUAGCAUUUCCCAAAGACAUAGCCUUAUUACAACUUAUAAUACCUGAUCCCAAACUGACCAGAGGCUGACUCCCGUCUGAGCAUACUUGACAAGAUCUUACCGGCCUGACCACCGCCUGAGGAUAUGUGGUCAGGGUCUGACAACAAGCCG